AAAACCGUUUCUUUGCCACCUCCCUCGCUCCUCUGCAGCGCGACAGCCCCGGGGCGGCUCAGGGGAGGCGGCUGUGCCUCGGCCACUCAAGGCCACCCCUGGUUAAAAGGGAGACGCCGUCCUCCCUCUUCCUGCCCAGGGCUUGGGAUGCCUGAGCUGCUCCAGGGAAGAGCUGAGGUGGGACCAUGAGCGCUCUCGGGGGGCUCCUGCUGUGCCUGGCGCUGCUGCUCCCCUCGGCAGCUCUGCCCAGGAAAGAGGAAAGGGAUUCCCUGCUGGAGCUGAGCCUGCCCGAAGAGCUGGGGCUGGAAGCGGGAGGGAGAAAGGUGGGAAAUGGAAGUUUAGUGGAGAUAGCCAGGUCCAGGAGGGCUGCUGCCGCUCGCCUCUCCUCCAAGCCGGAGCCGGGAGCCAAAUGCCCGCAGGGAGCGGCUGAGGAGGGGGGCCCGGGCCGCUCCAGCCUGCAGCCCUGGCCCCUCGGGGGCCUGGAAGGGCCCGUGUGCAGGGUGAGGAUGGAGCAGGGUGGGGCCGCGCCGAGGCACAUGGAGGUGGUGGGUGUGCUCAGCCACUACGAGAGCAGCUUCAUCAAACUGCUGAGACGGCGCCGGAGCUGGGAUGGGAACUUCCCGGGGACCUUCGGGCUGUGCUGGGCCGGGGGGGCAGAGGCUGCUCCCCAUCCCCUGCAGAGCAUCCACGAGCACGUGCUGGAGCCGGGGCUGCAGAGAUUCCUCGUCCUGCACCUGGAGGAAGUGCGGUGGGAAGCGCAGGUGAAGCUGCGGUUCCAGCUGGUUUUCCAGGCGGAGGUGGGACGGGCUCUGGGAGAGCUGCAGGCGGCCGUGAUGCUCUUCUACCUGGGCCACCGUGAGGGCCGGAGCUCGGGGCACCCGCAGGAGCUGCUGCUCACCGGCCCGGGGCUGGAGGGCGACCAGAGGCUCUGCCUCUCCAGGGACACGCAGUACCUGGCGCUGGCAGCGGCCGCAGCCUCGGUCACCCGCAGCGCGGAGCGGCUCCGCUUCUCGGCGUCCCUGGCCAUCCACGGCGGAGCGGGAGGUGCCCCCCUGCCCCGCGCGGAGGUGCAGCAGCUCCUGUUCGGCUCCGAUGACAAAUGUUUCACCCGGAUGACCCCGGUGCUGCUGCUGCUGGCCAAGUCACGGCAGCAGGAGGAGGAAGAGGAGGAAGAGGAUGCUUUGGCCCCAUCCUCCUACCUCUCUGCUGAGGGGGUGGUGGACACGGCUCCGUACCCGCAGCUCAGCCCACCCCGGGCCGGCACCGAGGAGCUGCUGCCCCCCACGGCCCCGAGCCACGCCAACGCUUCGUCCCCAGCGCCCGGCGGCAGCGCCCAGUUCCUGGCAAUCCUGACGCGCUUCAUCCGGCAGCUCCUGAGCUCCUCCAGCGAGCCGCCCCCCCAGCCCAGUGCCCACCACUGGCUGGACUUCGAGGUGAUGGAGACCCUCCCUCACCAGCUGCUCAACCUGUCGGAGGAGGCGGCUCUGGAGCGGCUGGUGCAGUCGGAGGAGCCCUCGGUGCUGCUGCUGCCCCAGGACAGCGGGGCCGCGCUGGAGCAGCACCUGGGGGACUGGCAGCCGGAGGGCACCGUGCUGCAGCUGCUGCUGGGCAAACUGCAGGCGCUCAUCCAGGAGCUCGGGGACGUGCCGGCCUUCCGAGCCAACGCGGCGCUUUUCCAGCACCUCCUGACCUUCUGCUAUUACCCGGCCGGGCCGGGCGAGGCCGAGGCGGCCGAGCCGGGCCCGGGCCCGCGGAAGCUGCGCACGCUGCUGCUGCUGAAGGCGCUGCAAUCGGUGCGGGCGCGCUGGCAGGAGCGCAGGAAGGUGCAGCGGCAGAACCGCAGCGCUCGGCACCAGGCGCACUGCCGGCUGCAGGAGCUCACCAUCGACCUGCGCGACCGCCACUUCAUCGUCAUGCCCACCGUGUACGCGGCCAACAACUGCGAGGGGCCCUGCCGGCUGCCGCUGUCCACCCGCGUCCCCAGCUACUUCUCGCACACGGUGCUGCUGCUGGGCAUGCAGGAGCGGGGCUCGCCGCUGCGCAGGGCUCCCUGCUGCGUGCCCGUGCGCUACUCGGACCAGCUCAUCAUCAGCCUCUCCUCGGACGGGCUGGAGAUCCGCAAGUUCCCCAACAUGGUGGCAGAGGAGUGCGGCUGCCGGUGAGGCUCCCGCCGGCCUCCCCGCUCGCCGCCAGCCCGGCCCCUUCUCCCGGUUCGCCCUCCCGGCUCGGGGUCUGGUGCUUCUCGCCGAGACGGGAGCUCCCCGUGCGUCCUUUCCCCAUGGUUUGGCUCGUCAGCGUCGCUCUGGUUCCGGGUUCAUUCCGCGCGCCGUCCCUGGGGCUGCUCCGUGCUCCUGUCCCCGCUCCCGGGGCCGAGGAUGCCCGAGGUGACUCCGCGGGGCAGUUUGGGCUGGCUACGGGCACCGCGGCGCCGUGGGGAGAGGGCAAAGCUUGGCAGAUCCAGGCAGGACCAUUCUUAUUUAUCCCUCGCUCUCUGCUCCUGCGGUGGCAGAGAAGGGCGGGUGCUGCUCCCUCCAAGCCUGGCAGCAUCCUCUGGCCAUUCCCCAGCCCGCGGCCCCACCUGUGACAGCCGAGCAAGAGGCCGAAUCCCCUCGCAGGGUCCAGCCUUGCCCAGGGGCCGCGGGGAGCCGCUGGCCGAGGCUUGGGGCUCCGGGCCAGGUCACAGCUGCGUCACCCCGCGCUGACCCCGCUGCCGGGGCCAGGGGAGGAAGGAGGGAGCGAUCCCGUUACACCUCCCGGGCUGCUCACACCAUUAAUGGGAGCGGGAGCGAACGGCUGCCAGAGCACCUGCUCCGCGUCCCCGCCGGCGUCAGCACGGGCCGCCUGCCCCGGAUCAUCUUCCAGCUGAGCCAAGCCCUCAGCCGGGGAUCCAAACCCUCGGGAAGCGGCUCCUGGGCUUGUUCUGGCUGCACCUCCUCGGGUUCUGCAGUGUCCCACGGGGAGGCACCGAUCCCAUCUGCAGGAUUAGCCCUGAGCGCCUCGGCUUCGAGGGGCACGGAAAACACACACACACACAUAACCGGGGACAAAACUCAUAACCAGGGACAAGGGCUUUUCUCAUUUUCCUUCUUUUUCCAUUUUUUUUUUUUUUUUUGGUUGUUGUUGUUAAACAUCCAGUUGAAUACCUUAUUAAAAAUGAAAACAGUUUAUUUUAACCGCUGUUGAUUUUAGCAAAUACUGAAACCUGCCACGGGUCGGGGCUGUGAACGUCUCUGGCUGUGUGAUAUUGCUCUUGUGUUUCCUUCCUAAAAGCGACUCGGAGAAGGCGAGGCCCGCAGGAAUCCCUGGGUGAAGGGCUCCAGCCCUGCUCUGUCACCAGCACCUCCGGGGCCACCCCGCAGCAGUGGCACCGGGCUGGGUGAGGUGUGGGGUCUGUCCCUGAUGUCCCUCUGAGGACGGCUGCAGCCUGGUUCUGUAACCCAGAAUAUUCCUCUCUCUUGAUUAGCUUUCAAUAAAACCAUUAACCCAAGA